UCACAUUGGGUUGAAGCACUCAUAGGCACAAAGUUCAGAGAAAGAAAACACCAAUUCUCCUAUCAGAGUUCUUUCUAUUCGCUAGAUUUAGUUCAUUUUAUCCAGUCCAAUCUAAACUAGUCAAUGGGUCCUGAACCGCAACAACUUCAUACCUUCUUCUUCCCCCUCAUGGCUCAGGGUCAUUUGCUCCCAGCCAUAGACAUGGCCAGGCUAUUCGCUAGCCGUGGUGUUAAGGUCACCAUAAUCACUACUCCCCUCAACGCACUCCUCUUCUCCAAUACCAUCGACCGUGAUAACCAGUUGGGUCUAGACAUCUCUGUUCAGCUCAUCCCAUUCCCUUCGGAAGAGGUCGGCUUACCCCAAGGCUGCGAGAACGCAAGCUCCUUUACUAAUCUCCCUGACUGGACCCCUAAAUUCUUCAAGGCUCUAAACUUGCUCCAAAAACCCUUAGAGGAACUUCUUCAAACACAUAGCCCUCAUUGCCUUGUUGCCGACAUGUUCUUCCCUUGGGCAACAGACAUCGCCGCCAAGCUUGGGAUACCCAGGCUCAUUUUUCAUGGCACCAGUUUCUUCUCUCUUUGCGUCUCGAACCACUUGAAUCGAUAUGCACCUCAUGAGAACAUUAAAUCCGAGACCCAAACCUUCAUUGUUCCAGGUCUUCCUGACCAGAUAAAGCUGACGAGGUCCCAGUUGCCCGAACACUUGAAAACACCAAGCGAGCUGAGCAAUUUGCUUCAACGCAUCAGAGAAUCAGAGGAAAAGAGCUAUGGUGUAUUGGUGAAUAGCUUCUAUGAGUUGGAGUCUGCUUAUGCGGAUCACUACACGAAAGUCUUAGAAAGGAAGGCAUGGCACAUAGGCCCUGUUUCACUAAGAAACAGAGACAUUGUGGACAAGGCUCAGAGGGGAAACAGUGCUCCCACUGACAACCAGCCGUGCCUGAGUUGGCUCGAUUCAAAGAAACCCAAUUCCGUGCUGUACGUGAGCUUCGGUAGCGUGGCCCGUUUCACUGCUUCUCAGCUGCUUGAGAUUGCUACGGGCCUCGAGGCUUCUGGUUACCCAUUCAUUUGGGUUGUGAGAUCGAAGGAUGAGAGUGAGCAGAGGUGGAUGCCAGAAGGGUUUGAAGAGAGGAUUGAAGGGAAGGGUUUGCUAAUAAGGGAUUGGGCACCUCAAGUUUUGAUCUUGGACCAUCCUGCCGUGGGAGGGUUCGUGACCCAUUGUGGAUGGAACUCGACGCUUGAAAGCGUGAGUGCAGGGGUGCCCAUGAUCACUUGGCCUUUAUUUGCAGAGCAGUUCUAUAAUGAGAAGCUGGUAACCCAAAUGCUACGGGUUGGAGUGAGUACAGGGGCUCAUGAAUGGAGUGGAUUUGUAGGAGGGGAAAAGGCAGCAGUGAAGAGAGAGGACAUAGAGAAGGCUGUGGAGCAGUUGAUGGGUGGUGGUGAAGAAGCAGAGCGUAUGAUUGCUCGAGCUAUGGAGCUCAAAGAGAUGGCGAGAAGAGCUGUCCGAGAAGGAGGGUCUUCUUACACCGAUUUGACUGCUUUGAUUGAGGAACUGAGGUUGCAUCCACGGCCAGCAGUCUAGAAUCUAAAUUAAAUUUCAAAUUUUAUUCUGCUCUGUGCUUGCAUGGAUUUAGAUAUGGGAUAAUUUGUUUGCAACCA